ACCAACAUGGCAGCUGAGAGUCUUGCUGAGCUCCGCGACUGGCUCUUUCUGCUUCUCCUGUGCCUCACCUUAUUGGCUGAGGUGCUGGAACUGGCGGCAGCGGCAAUUGCCAUGGAGACGGGCGAGGGAGAUGAGGGCAUUGUUUGUCCCUCAGUGUGCCGCUGUGAUGAGGGUUUUGUCUACUGCAACGACCGUGGCCUCAGCCUAAUUCCUCCACUACCGUUAACAGCUGCCAUCCUCUACUUGCAGAGCAACCGGCUGAGUAAUGCCGGACUGCCUCCCUCACUGGAACGUAGUAAUUCCAUACGAGUGAUUUACCUGUAUGCUAACCAAUUAGAUGAAUUCCCUUUACACCUCCCGCCUUCAUUACGAGAGCUCCAUUUGCAGGAUAAUAAUAUACGAACGUUACCGCGGUCAAGUUUGGCCAAAUUACCAUUGCUAGAACGUUUACACCUGGAUGAUAACUCUAUAUCUACGGUUAGCAUCCAGGAGAGAGCUUUUUCGGGGACUCCACGGCUUCGACUGCUGUUUCUGUCUCGAAACCACCUGUCAAGCAUCCCUGCGGGCAUGCCAGCUUCCUUGGAAGAGUUGCGACUUGAUGACAACAGAAUCAACACCAUACCCACACAUGCCUUCCGGGGGCUCUCCUCACUGCGGCGCUUAGUCCUGGAUGGGAACCUGUUGGCCAACACACGCAUUGCAGAUGACACGUUUUCCCGUCUCUCCAACCUGACUGAGCUGUCGCUGGUCAGGAAUGCCCUGCAGUCACCACCUGUCAAACUGCCUUCAGCUCACCUGAUAAAACUCCAUUUGCAAGACAAUGGAAUGACCCACAUACCAAGGGGGACACUUGAUGGGAUGCGGCGGCUACAGAGGCUUGACCUGUCAGGAAACAAUCUGACCAGUCUCCCCCGAGGACUACUGAAGGACACAGAAAGCCUUGAGAUGCUACUAGUGCGAGGAAACCCCUGGUACUGUGGGUGCAACCUUCGCUGGCUAAACGCCUGGCUGCACAGCCGGGGGGCAGGAGUGACAGUCAGAGGUCUGAGCUGUCAAGGGCCUGAGCCUGUAAGGGGCCAGCUCUUGCGAGACCUAACUGACCUGAUGGAGCAGUGUGAAGGCCCUCCUGUUGGUCCCAGCACUGGAGUCGGGGUGAACCCAGCAGAAAAAGAUGGAGGAAGUGAAGACGGUGUUGGAGGUGGCCAAGCAGUGGCUUCAGAUCCACAUGGCAGCACCACCACUUCCUCUCUGUUGGUCUCCACACAAGGUUCCCUCUUUACCCUGCGAGCCAGGCGGCCGGGCAUUGUUAUGCCUCUGCCUCCCAGUGAAGGAGGACAUAUAUCUGGAGAGGCCUUGGAGCUGACUGUAAAACCUCUCUCUUCAGACAGUGUACUGGUCAGUUGGCUGUGUCCACAACCAGUACCCUCCUUCCGCUUGUCGUGGCUGAGAUUGGGUAGCAGUGCAUCUCUUGGUUCAAUAACGGAGACUUUGGUUCCUGGGGAGAGGACACAGUACCUCCUUAACCAGCUCAGCCCACAUUCACAUUACCUCAUCUGCCUGCUGCCACUACGACAGGAGCACUCCUUUGGGGGUUCUAGCAUGGGUUCAUCGCGAUCUGGCAGCAUGGACACGGACAGUAAAGACUCAUCCCCUGCCUGUGCUCAAAUAGAGACUGGAGCUGCUCUGAUUAGCUCAGGAGGGGAGGGGUCAGAUAAAGAUGGCCAGGACUCAGAGAUAACAGCCCUGCCAUUAGCUGGGAUCAUAGGGGGUGCUACAGCAUUGGUAAGCCUGUUGUUGAUAUUUGGCAUCUUUUGCUGGUAUGGACAGAGGGCAGGUUACAUGUCCGGGGACUCGGGCUCAUACAGCAGGGGCCGAGGUGGAAAAACUUAUGAUGACUAUGUAGAAUCGGGCACCAAGAAAGACACUUCCAUUUUAGAGAUCAGGGCCCCUCCUCCAGGGUUUCAGAUGACAACUAUGGCCCAUCAGCCACUGCAACCGAAGCUGGAGGAUGUCACCUAUAUCCACACCAUUUUCCCCUCCUCUUCUUCUUCCUCCCAAGCUAACGGGACCUACCGGAGCACCCACGGGGCGGGCAGCCUAAAUGGCACCAUUCUCAGCCAAACCAGCCACCAUCAUGUCACUUAUGGCACCAACCGUGGCUACAGAGAUGGGGGUAUCCCCGACAUAGAUUAUGCCUACACGUGA